CGGCAAUCUGGCGUUGACAAUUCGUGGGAUAAAUGCAAUGCCCACGAAUACCCAUGUGCUUUGCACCACGGAUAUCACCACGGAUAUUCGUCCCGUGCUCAACCCGAUGCUGUGUUUCUGUAUGCUUAACUGCGAGGCUCGACUUCUUCUCCCAAUCCCAAUCAAUUUCGCUACGUCCUGGGUAUAUUGUUCAUCACGGGAGGGCCAGCUGAAUGUUACCGGUGUGGGCGGACAUCUGUUCGAGAGCAUU